CCCCGCCCGCCGCCGCCAUGGCCGGCAAGCCCCGCAGCGGCUGCGAGGCGCUCCGGGUGGUGGCCCGGUGCCGGCCCAUGAGCCGGCGGGAGGAGGCGGCGGGAUACGAGCGCGUCCUGGAGCUGGACGUGAAGCUGGGCCAGGUGAGCAUCCGCAACCCCCGCGCCGCCCCCGGGGAGCUGCCCAAGACCUUCACCUUCGACGCCGUGUACGACGCCAGCUCCAAGCAGGCCGAUCUGUACGAUGAGACGGUGCGGCCGCUCAUCGACUCGGUGCUGCAGGGCUUCAACGGCACCGUCUUCGCCUACGGCCAGACCGGCACCGGCAAGACCUACACCAUGCAGGGCGCCUGGGCCGAGCCGGAGAAGCGCGGCAUCAUCCCCAGCGCCUUCGAGCACAUCUUCACGCACAUCUCCCGCUCCCAGAACCAGCAGUACCUGGUGAGGGCCUCGUACCUGGAGAUCUACCAGGAGGAGAUCAGGGACCUCCUCGCCAAGGACCAGAGCAAGAAGCUGGAGCUGAAGGAGAACCCCGAGACGGGGGUGUACAUCAAGGACCUCUCCUCCUUCGUGACCAAGAACGUCAAGGAGAUCGAGCACGUGAUGAACCUGGGGAGCCAGACGCGCUCCGUGGGCAGCACCAACAUGAAUGAGCACAGCUCGCGCUCCCACGCCAUCUUCCUCAUCACCAUCGAGUGCAGCGAGACGGGGCCGGACGGCGAGGAGCACAUCCGCGUGGGCAAGCUCAACCUGGUGGACCUGGCCGGCAGCGAGCGCCAGAACAAAAUGGGGGCCCACGGAGAGCGCCCCAAGGAGGCCUCCAAGAUCAACCUCUCCCUCUCCGCCCUGGGCAACGUCAUCUCCGCGCUCGUGGACGGCAGGAGCACUCACAUCCCCUACCGGGACUCCAAGCUGACCCGCCUGCUGCAGGACUCCCUCGGGGGCAACGCCAAGACAAUCAUGGUGGCCACCUUGGGCCCGGCCUCCCACAGCUACGACGAGAGCCUCUCCACGCUCAGGUUCGCCAACAGGGCCAAGAACAUCAAGAACAAGCCCCGGGUGAACGAGGACCCCAAGGACACCUUGCUGCGGGAGUUUCAGGAGGAGAUCGUCCGGCUGAAAGCCCAGCUGGAGAAACGCGGGAUGCUGGGGAAGAAGAGGAGAAGGAGCAGCCGGAGGAAGAAGGCCAUGGAUGGAGAAGGCACCGUGGAGAAUGAAGGGGAGGACGACAACGAGGACGGCCUGGAGAAGAACAUGGAGAACUACUUGAAGGAGCAGAAGGAGAGACUGGAAGAGGAGAAAGCCGCUAUCCAGGACGACCACAGCCUGGUGAGCGAGGAGAAGCAGAAGCUGCUCCAGGAGAAGGAGAAGAUGAUCGAGGACCUGCGGAAGGAGCAGGAGGCCACGGAGCUGCUGGCCAUCAAGUACAAGGCGAUGGAGAGCAAGCUGCUCAUCGGGGGCAGGACCAUCGUGGACCACACCAACGAGCAGCAGAAGAUGCUGGAGCUGAGGCGGCAGGAGAUCGCCGAGCAGAAACGCCGGGAGCGGGAGAUGCAGCAGGAGAUGCUGCUGCGGGACGAGGAGACCAUGGAGCUGCGGGAGACCUUCACCUCCCUGCAGCAGGAGGUGGAGAUCAAAACCAAGAAGCUGAAGAAGCUCUAUGCCAAGCUGCAGGCCGUGAAGGCCGAGAUCCAGGACCAGCACGACGAGUACAUCCGAGUGCGCCAGGACCUGGAGGAGGCCCAGAACGAGCAGACCAGGGAGCUGAAGCUCAAGUACUUGAUCAUCGAGAACUUCAUCCCUCCCGAGGAGAAGAACAAGAUCAUGAACCGCCUGUACUUCGAUGGUGACGAGGACCAGUGGAAGUUCCAGCCGCUGGUGCCCACCGGAGGGAACAGCUCCCAGAUGAAGAGGCGUCCGACCUCGGCCGUGGGCUACAAGAGACCCAUCAGCCAGUACGCCCGCGUGGCCAUGGCCAUGAGAUCCCACCCCCGCUUCCGGGCCGAGAACAUCAUGUUCCUGGAGCUGGACCUCUCCCCCCCAGCCAUCUUCGAGUUCGAGCGGAGCCGGGACCCGGCGGAGCAGGACCCGCGGGCGCUGCACCUGGAGCGGCUGAUGCGCCUGGACAGCCUCCUGGAGCGGCCGGCGGCCUCCCGCCUGCGCAAGUCCCGCUCCUGGUGCCAGACGCCGCGGUCUCUGCCCUCCUCCACCACACACGUGUCCCUCACCUCCAGCGCCCCGUGUGCCGCCAUGCCAGCGGUGCCAGCGGUGCCAGCCAUGCCAGCUCAGGAGUGACUCCUGGCGCCCUGCUCCGGACUGAGCCCCAGGGGGCCGAGGGAGGCCCGGCCGAACCCGGCCCAGCCCGUCCUUGUCUGCAGCUGCUUUGUGUGCGUGUGUUUGUGAGACACGAACGGCCCGGCGGGGACUGCCCCUCCCUCCCUCCCUGUGCCCUCCCCGGCCCGGAUCUGUCACUUUAUUUAUUUAACCUAUUUAUUUAUGGAGUGGUUGGCGGCGGAGGCGGGAGAUGCGCUCGGACUGUUGGACGUGCAGGGCUGGCCCUGGGCACUGUGCUGAGCCCCCGGUCUGUGCAGCUCCCAGCCCUGCCCACGCCAUCCUGGCACAGGGCUGGGCACCGCCAGGACACCACUCACCAACCAGGAGGGGCACGGGACCCUCUGCGGGGGCUCUGGUGGGAGCAGCUGAGGCCGCCCUGGACUCUGGUGCUGGCUCUGCUGUGCUGGAUCCCAGGGAAUUUGGAGAUUCCUACACGGAUUUGGAGAUUCAGUGGUGGCAGCCCCUUGUCAGAGUCCCCCAGCGGGACUCCCCAGCCUGCCUGACACCGGUGGCAGCAGGGACAUCUCAUGGACAUGGGCACGGCUGUCACUCCAGGAGCACCAGCUCCAUCCCCAGGGCUCACGGAGUCACCAAAGUCAACCAAAGCCGGGCUUUGUCCACCUGUGCCACACUCUGGAGACGCUCUGGAGGCAGCCCCGGCCUGCCAAGGUGCCUGACACCAUCUCCCAUCCCUGGGGUGGAACUCCUGACAGCAACAACAAGAGGUGGAACUUUCCAGCCCCUGCCACCCACCCUUCCCAAAGACAGGCAGCCUGUGGAGAGCAGAGGGGUGAGAUGAGAGUGCAUCUAAAGGCAGUGGAGGUGACGCCCAGGGCAGGGGUGUCAUCGCUCUCCUCCGGGCUGGGAAAUGCCACAGGGAAGUCACUUGUGAGCUGGGAGAAAUUUCCAAGUGUGUUGUGGAGGGAUGGGUGUGAAAUGGGUGAUGGGGAAGCCACGAGGCUGCUCUGGGGACGUGAAUCCCAUCCCAGCUGCCGCACACGCUGGGACGGCGCUCGGUGUUCCUGCGGGACGGGGCUUUCGGAGGGAGGGAAGGUGGGACCUUGGUGAAGACCCUUCCUGGCAGUGCCAGGCCAGCAGCUGUGCUUUCCCUGGCAUGGGGGAGGUGAGGAGAUCUGUUUGUGGGACACGAUUCUCAUGGGUAAGGGAGCAACCCCUGGCUCACCUGGGAGGGUGUGGAUUGGCAAAGGGCCGGGCACAGGGAGUCCCUGGGAGGGCAGGUCGGAGAAGAUUGCAGGGAGGGAAUGUCUUCUGGAAACAAAGAGAAUUCCUUCACAGAAUAGUUGAGAUUGGAAGGGACCCCUGGAGCUCAAGCAGUGCCCUGGAGCACGUUACUCAGGAUUGUGUCCAGCUUUGGAGUAUCCCCAGGGAAGGAGACUGCAGAACCUCCCUGGGCAGCCUGAUCUGCUGUUGGACUGGUCAGGACAGGAUGCUCCUGGAUGGACAGGACCCUGAUGGUCCUGCACACAGGAUGGGGUGAGGGAGCGAGGCACAUGCACGGAGCAGGAACAGCAGGAGCAGGAACAGCAGGAGCACUGGCUGUGCUGAGCUCAGAGCUGGGCAGAUCCCCUCAGCUGUGUCCCAUCAGUGCAGAUGGGCAGGGGAAUCCUCCUGCACUCACCCCUGCUCUGGCACAGGGUGUCCUCUCCCCAUCCCCUCUGAGACUGUCCUGCCUCAAGCUCUCAAUCAUUGCCCUCUGCCUCCCCCUUCCCCUCUCCAUCUGCUCCUCAUAACACCUUCUGCCCCUCAAAAACCUUGUCCCCUUCUCCCCCUCCAAAACCUUGUCCCCUUCUCCCCCGCCCAGCACCUGGCUCAGAAUCCAGCUGGGUGCUGUGGGUGCUCCCAGGACUGAGCUGCCUCCCUCCUGUGCUCAGCCUGGGGAGGAGGGUGUGGGGGAGGGUGUUUGAGGAGUGAGAGAUGGGUCCCUUCCACAGUGUGGGGUGGGGUCUGUGUGCACAGGUACCCCCAGCAGCCAGGGGUGUCCAUGGGCAUUCCCCGGAACAAGCUGGCCCCACAAAACCAUCCCCAUCCCUGCAAGUGUCCAAGGCCAGGUUGGGCAGGGCUGGAGCAAGCUGGGAUAGUGGGAGGUGUCCCUGCCCAUGGCAAGGGUGACACUGGAUGAGCUUUAAGGUCCCUUCCCACCCAAACCAGUCUGUGAUUCCAUGAUCCUGUAGGACACGGUGGAUGGGAGAGAUGGCUCUUUGUUUAGUUUCCAGGAAAGCCUCUGGGAGUCGGGGUCAGGAAGCACAGCCUCAGAACAGGGAGAAGCUGUGGGGGGCCUGCAGGAAUAGAUUUUCCUCCCUUCCUUGUUUUGCAAUGGCCCCAGUUCACCUUGGGCAGAUCAGCAGCUCGUGGAGCCCCGAGGGGCUGAACCAGUGACCGUCUCCUGCUCCAUUCUGGGCCCAGGUGUGGGACAGAGCUGACGGUGUCCUCACCCCCGGCCUGCCCCGGGCCAGGCAGCACCACGGGCAGGGUGGAUGAGCCCCGUGCCGCUCUCCCACGGCCUGAGUGUGUCCUCCGGGCAUCACAGCGAGGGACAGGCCCGGCUCCAGCUCCAGAAGGACUGUGGUCCCAGUGGGAUCCACGCGGAAGCCCCUCCAGCAGAGCACAGGACGGGGGCGGGAGCUCCCAGAGGAGGGGACAGAUGAGCCACUUCCAACAUCCAACUGCAGGGUCCAGGAGCCCCCCGAGCCCUCUCUCCGGCACUGCCGAGCCCCCCAGCCCAGCAGGCCCCUCGGAGGGUGGGCUGGGAGCGGCUGCUGGGGCUGAGCAGGUUCCUGCGCCCCGGGGUGUGUUCGUGGCGUCCGUCGGUGUCCGUGUGUCCCACCGAGUGUGUGCCGGGGUCUGUGACCGUCAGUGUGAGGGGCUGCACGGGGCAAAGCCCCUGGGGGGACAGGGCUGGGCUGGGGCUUCUUUCUGUUGUUGUUGAACUUUGGGUUCCUUUGGGUUCCAGGUUUGGAGGUUUUUCCGCGUGGGGGUGGGUGUGGGUCUGUUCCGGGUUUGUGGACAAGGUGAGGGCCUCGAUUAGGACCAAAUUUUCGUGCCUGUUGCUCUGGUGAUUUAUUUAGAAAUCAAAAGUUCACUGUCUGGUGGCCCAUCCUUGUCACUAUACAUAGGAGUAUACAGGACAUAUUAUAAAUAUAUAUAUAUUAUACAUACUGUACGGAGAGGUGUCCGCCCCCCGCCCCGGCCGGGAUGGACCCUCCUCCCUGUGCUGUAACGUAGCUUCGACCCCGCGCUGGGAGCGCCCUCCGGAACGGCAACGACACAAUAAAGGAAUGAGCAUCGUG